GAUGCGCGAGUCAUAGUAUGUGAUAAUUUUCGAGUAAAUUAGUAUUACUCCUACUACAGUCACAAAGAUGCUAUCAAUGGAAAAGACUUCGUGUUAAAUAUGAAAGUGCAGACUUUGUGCACAGAGUAGAGCAGGCAUAAAAGAAUAAUCUCGUCUGAACUAGAAAUACGUCCGUGAUAUGCUUUCAUGUUGGGCAGCCCGAAGUACAGUGCUGUGUACACCACGUCGUUUUCUCAAAAUACAUUCAACCGAAUUCAUAUGGGAAUGUGACAGAUAUACGAAAAUUAGGUUAUGUUAUAAUUUAAACAGAUCUUUAAAUGCACAAAAUAAGUUGAACAAAAUUUUGAGAGAUUUAUAUGGAAAGUCUAUUUUUCGUGAGUUAUAUCAAAGCAGUGUACCAAUGCAAAUUAAACCAGCAGAAAGAACAACAGUGAACAUCUUCGAUCGACAAGCCAAAGUUUUGCAAAGAGAAAGGGCUGCUCGUGCAUCAGACGUAGCUGUAUACGAUUAUUUGAAAGAAGAAGUAGGUUACAGACUUGCUGAUCGCAUAUUUGACAUCAAAAGGAAAUUCAGACUUGCUGUUGACUUGGGUUGUGGUAGAGGUUAUGUUGCUAAACAUAUAGAUUCAGAAUAUGUGGAGGAAUUGGUUGUGUGCGAUAUGAGUCCAACUUGGUUAGAACAAGUGUCAUGCCCACAAAGCGUUAAAGUAAAACGUGAAGUUGUAGAUGAAGAAUGCCUUCCUUUCGAACCAGCAUCUCUUGACCUAGUAACAAGUAGUUUAAGCAUGCAUUGGGUUAAUGAUCUACCAGGGGCCUUUCGUCAAAUAAACAGUUGCCUUAAAAAUGAUGGAGUGUUCAUGGGUGCUGUGUUUGGAGGCGACACUUUGUAUGAACUGCGCUCUUCAUUGCAACUUGCAGAGCUAGAACGUCAUGGGGGCAUUGCUCCUCACAUUUCACCCUUUACAGAAAUACGGGACAUUGGUAGCUUGCUUACAAGAGCAGGCUUUACAAUGCUAACAGUCGAUACUGAUGAAAUUGUGGUUUCCUAUCCAUCAAUGUUUGACUUAAUGUGGGACCUGAAAGGAAUGGGAGAGAGUAAUGCAGCCUACAACAGGAAAUUACAUUUACGGCGUGAUACUGCUGUGGCUGCUGCUGCCAUCUAUAAGCAGCUGUAUGGAAAAGAGCAAGAUGGAAAGUGCUCUAUACCUGCUACUUUCCAGAUUAUCUAUAUGCUUGGUUGGAAACCAGAUGCCUCACAACCAAAGCCCCUACCAAGAGGAAGUGGAGAAAUGUCACUCAAGGACUUAUACAGACUGGAUGAAGUAAUCAGCAAAACAAACAAAAUAUCAUCAGAUGAUCAAAGAGCUCAGCUGAAGAAAAAAAAAUAAAACAACUCAAUAUAUGUUUAUUAUAUGUUGAGUAUGGGCACUAAAUUAUGGUGACAUGGAGAAAAAAUGUCCAGAUAACAUAUAGAUAGGACAUUCAUUUACAUGUGACACAAAUUCUUGUGCUGUAGUUUCCUGAUUGAAUGAUGUGACUAAUAUCAGUAAUUGUUUGUAUGUAAAUUGAAGCUUACAUUCAACACUUCUCACUCUACAUAAGUGUUCCUCAAAAUUCUACUGCUGAUUGAUAAUAAAUUAUUUUUGUGAAAACCUCAA